AUGAUGAAAAAAGCGGCCUUAUCAGUAUUACUUAUUCUUCUGUCGACAUAUGUGAAGUGUGAAGAGAAUGAGAAAAAAUUACCACCAGAAAUAGAAUUCAUCACAGGAAAAUUAGAAACCCCUAAUAGUGAUCAUGAUAAGUUUUUGCAAUUGAUCAAUGGUGUAUUUACAAAAAAAGAUGAAAAUUACAAAUUUUCAUUUUCGAAUAAUGGAUUCAAAUGUGCACUUAACAAGUUUGAUAUUACUUUUAACAACAAAACAAAAGCUAUGAACACUUUAUUUACAUCUGAAAAUGAACAGUCGAUAAAAGAAGCUGCAGAAGAAUACAAAGUUCGAUUGAUGUUAGAAUUAGAUAAUAUUCGAACUUCAAGAGGAAAUUUGAAAAAUUUCAAAAAAGAUUUUCAAGGAAUUUGUAUGAAUUUUUUCCAUGAAUUAAGAAGAAAAUUUUUCCACAUAUACAGAAGCGAUGAGGGAUCCACGGAUGGUGAUCAUCUUAACGGUAAAGGUGAUAUUAUGACUAGCGAACAAUUAGCUGAAAGAUUUGAAUCGAAUUACGAUUCUUCACAAUCUGGUGAUAGUGAGGCAGCAGGAACCCAUGGAAAAGAUGGAAAUCAAGAUUUAUCAGAAUUGAUAGAAGAUGAUGUUGAAGACAAUCCAGAUGCACCAAAUAGCCACCAAAGUAGUUAUGCAUUCUCAACACACACAUCUAAAAAAAUUAUAUUUGAUGGAAAUAAUGUUAUAGAAGAAAAUGAAAGUAUUACGAAUGAUGGAGAUGACCAAAAUGAUGAUAAGCUUUUACAAGGACCCAUGACAAAAGAAAAAGUUUUAACUAUUAUGUUAAAAUACUCCUCUUUUAAUAUUGAAGGAAAUUGCACAGAAGAAGAUCAAACUAAAGAAAAGCCAUUUACUGUCUUUUUCACUAGUCAAAUGAGUAGAAACAAUUUCAGUACUGUAUGCAAUACGAAUGGUACAAAUUAUUUAAGAAAAGCUCAAGGUGGAAAUUUUCCAUUUCCAAUGGACCCCAUUAAACCAGAGGAUUUAAACAGAAUGAUGGCAGACAUGUUAAAAUUCUUUGAAAAUCAAACUGAAGGAAAUGCAAUGUUAUUACCAUUUCUAAGCAAAAUGAAUUUUAUGGAUGCCCUUGGAAGUUUAGGAUUACCACAAGGUCUUGACUUUGAUAAAAUGUUCAAUGGAUAUCUACAAGGAAAUGUUACAACCACACCAUCACCAUGUUGUAGAGGUUCUCGCCCAAACAUUAAGAGACCAUCAACAGAUGGUGGUGACUCCACUCUCCCACCCACUAUAGAUGAUUCAAAUGAUCAAAACUAA